GUCCCACUGGACGGUCACACUGGCUCGAAAUUGUAAAUAAAUUUCAAUCAAAUAUGAAUUGCUGCAUUUGUCAGUUCUCGGUGCGCGUGCCGAAGGACAUUCACACCGAGACCGUCGGACAUCCGCCGGUGCUGAUCAGCGACCUGGUACUUCAAUGCACCAGAGGCACAGACUACGUCCUCACCGAGGAAUCGUCGACGAUCUGCAAAAAGUGCUGCGAGAAGCUUGCCAGAUACCACAAGUCCAUACAAAUAGCGCGUAAGCUGCGCCAGGAGAUCCUGGAGCUGAUACACAGUCCCUACAUUUCCAAGGACCACAAGCAGUCGUCCUAUAAGGAAGAGGAUCUCGACCGGGAAACCACAAUAAGCAAGUUCGAUGGGAAUAUUGAGGAGACACAGCAUCAGUACGAGGAGGAUCAGGAGCAGGAGCUGGAGGGCGUGGGCACCACUGUCACGCUGGUCGGCUCCGCCGGCAUCGAGGAGGAAGUGGCCGAAGAGGAGCACACCUUCAUUAUCAAACAAUCAGAGGAAGAGGACGAGUAUCAAUCCGUAGACUUAGAGCUAGAUAUCGACAACGAGAUUAUCAUUAACGAGGAGGAGGCCCACGAGGUAGAGGAGGUAGCACACAAGAUGGAUGAGGAGGAGGAUCUAUUGUCACAUGCCAAGCAAGGGGCCCAGGAAGAAGACUUCUUUAAGGAAGAUACCAUGAGCGACUUUGACGAGCAUCUGGACGGCACAAUAGAGUACAUAAUAUCCGAUGGCGACGACCAGGAGCAGGACAACGACAGCUCCGGCGAAUACACGGUCAACAUACAGUGCCCCAGCUGCCCGGAGAAGUUCAGCAGCCGGCGCGCCUACAAUGCCCACACAAAACGCGAGCACUUUCCGGGCUACGUCUGUGAUCAGUGCGGCAAGACGCUGCAAUCGUACUCCGGGUUCAUAGGGCACCUACAGAACCACGAGCCCGUAAAGCAGUUCGCCUGCCCCGUGUGCCCGGAACGCUUCAGCCGAAAGUUCCGGUUGAAGCACCACAUGGCUUGGCACACCGGCGAAACGCCAUACCAGUGCGAAGUCUGCUCCAAGCGAUUCGUCCACAAGGUGGCCCUGUACAAGCACAAGAUGAUCCACGACAACGAAACCAAGCGGCUGGAGUGCCAGGUGUGCGGCUUCAAGACACGGACCAAGGCUCACUUGGAGCGGCACAUGCGAUCCCACACGGGUGACAAGCCCUUCGCCUGUCCGGUGUGCAACAAGCGCUUCUCCCAGAUGUACAACAUGAAGGCCCAUCUGCGGGAGCAUGAGAGUCCCGGAACCAACCGCCAUCGCCGCUUCCACUGCCCCAAGUGCACGCAUACGUUCAUCAACGAGCAGAACUAUGUGGCCCACGUUCAGAGAGACGACUGCACGGCAGUUUAGCCCACUAUUGAAUAUAUAUAUAAUAGAUAAUUAUAUAUUGUGUAAGGCCCAAUCCCGACCAUCAUCGUGAUCACCACCCCAUCAACCGAAUGCAAUCGAAAUCAUUUGGCUCAUUACGUUCUAUCCAUGUACUUUUUUAUUAAAUCUAUAUGCAUUUUGCUCACAAAUAAAAUAUGUUUGAUAUAAUAAA